AUGUCUAUCCCACGAUUGCCACCACUUCCAUCUAUUCGAGACAUAUUAAAACUUUAUCGAUUGAGUGCUGUGAAACGUUUAUCUCAAAACUUUCUUAUGGAUCAAAAUUUGAUCGAUAAAAUCAUAGCAAAAUCAGGACAGCUCACUGGGAGCCAAGUAUUAGAAGUUGGUCCUGGCCCAGGUGGAUUAACUCGGUCCAUCUUAAAACAGAUUCCGAAACGAUUAGUAGUUGUUGAAAAAGAUUUAAGAUUUAAGCCGACUUUAGAAAUGUUAGCGGAUUCAUUCGGAGCGAUUAAUGGUAAAAUGGACAUAAUAUACGACGAUAUCAGGAAAACAAAUAUAGAAAGUUUAUUCUCGAUGGAAGAAAAGAGAAAUUGGGACGAUAAAGCUCCGGAUAUCUAUAUCAUAGGCAAUUUGCCGUUCAAUGUAUCGACACCUCUCAUAAUUAAAUGGCUACACGCGAUAGCCGAACGCCGGGGACCUUGGGCAUUUGGUAGAACAAAAAUGACAUUAACGUUUCAAAAAGAGGUAGCAGAACGUUUAGUGGCUGAUGUCUCAGGCGAACAACGAUGCAGACUGUCGGUAAUGGCACAAACUUGGACAUUUCCAGUACUUCGUUUUAUUAUACCUGGCAAAGCCUUUGUUCCACAGCCAGAUGUCGAUGUGGGAGUAGUAUCAUUUACACCAUUGGUCAAACCACGCACGCAACAUGAUUUUAAAUUAUUUGAAAAAAUAACGAGGCAUGUGUUCAGUUUCAGACAGAAAUACAGCAUACGAUGUAUUGAGACUUUAUUCCCAUUGCAUUGCCGCAAGGAAUUAGGUCUAAUGAUGUAUAAAUUAUCUGACUUGGAACCAACGCUUAGACCCACGCAACUUACCGUAAAUGACAUCGAUAGGUUAGCGACCGCUUAUAAAUAUCUGGUAGAGAAACAUCCAGAGAUCGGUGUAUACGAGUAUCGCGCGUCUCGCCAUUUAUUACCGUUAAAAAACACUAAAGACGUUGUAGUACAGGAUUAUACGGAGGUGCCGGAAGAAAUGAACAUCUAACAAAGAUGGUUUAUAUUCAGAAACACGCAAAUGCAUCAUAUUUAAAUUUUAUUAAAUCGCAGGUUUGCAAUGCAGCAGACUAAUUUAUUACAAUAAAUUUCGGAAGAUUAUAGAAUUGUGAAAACUUUUCUGUAAAUAUACAUUUAUAUACAUAUACGAUACUAUGGCUUAGUUAUUAAAUAAAAAUAUAGUACAAUAUACAGUUUGUAUUUUUUCUGGUAUUAGAUGUAAUAAAAAUUCUGUUAAUUA